UAUUUCCACACCUCUUCAAUUAUCCAAAUUGGCAGGGUGGGGACCCAUUUCACGUUCUCGCUCUUGUAAGUUGGGAGUAACCCAAACCACUAUCGUUAUGGCACGUGUACCUUUCGAGCAACUACAAAACCCACCUUCCCUCCCUAGCAGAAAUUUCAGUGGAUCGUAGCAAUCUUCUCUCUAGCAGCGGCAACACAUUCCUAGCGCAACGGACUCCUCUGGCCAAGCUUACUAUUUCAGCUACACCGAAGGGGCACCAUGGCAACUGUAACAGCUGCACACUUCGUUUCAAGGAGCUCACACUCGAGCACCAAUGCAUCAGAAACUAAGGCUAAUAAUUUGGCUCACAUUAGACUCAGGACCCAAAGCAUGAUUCACAAUGGUUUAAGGUCCCACAACAUGACGGAUAAGCUUCAAAUCAGGACACAAUCAAAGGCUGGGAAAAGGGCCACUGAGAAUAGCAGGCCUUCUGCCAAAAUCAUUUGUGGUCAUGGAAUGAAUUUGAUCUUUGUUGGAGCGGAAGUUGGUCCGUGGAGCAAAACUGGUGGACUUGGUGAUGUUCUUGGGGGACUUCCCCCUGCCAUGGCCGCAAGAGGGCACCGCGUCAUGACAGUUUCGCCCCGCUAUGACCAGUACAAGGAUGCCUGGGAUACCUGUGUAUUGGUGGAGAUUAAAGUUGGAGAUAGAAUUGAAACUGUCCGCUUCUUCCACUGCUACAAACGAGGAGUUGAUCGUGUCUUUGUGGAUCACCCAAUGUUCCUUGAGAAGGUAUGGGGCAAAACUGGAUCUAAAAUCUAUGGCCCAAGAGCAGGUUUGGAUUACCAGGACAACCAACUGCGAUUUAGCUUGUUAUGCCUUGCUGCUCUAGAGGCACCAAGAGUUCUGAACUUGAACAGCAGCAAAUAUUUCUCAGGACCCUACGGAGAGGAAGCUGUCUUCAUUGCCAACGACUGGCACACUGCUUUGCUUCCAUGUUAUCUAAAAUCAAUUUACCAACCUAUGGGGAUUUACAAAAAUGCUAAGGUUGCCUUUUGCAUCCACAACAUUGCAUAUCAGGGCAGAUUUGCCUUCUCAGACUUCCCACUACUCAAUUUGCCAGAUAAAUUCAAGAGCUCUUUUGACUUUAUCGAUGGGUACGACAAGCCUGUGAAGGGAAGGAAGAUCAAUUGGAUGAAGGCUGGAAUAUUGGAAUCAGACAGGGUUUUGAGUGUGAGCCCAUACUAUGCCCAGGAAGUUAUCUCUGGAGUUGAAAGAGGUGUGGAGCUGGAUAACAUCAUUCGCAAAACUGGCAUUACUGGUAUCAUAAAUGGUAUGGAUGUUCAGGAGUGGAACCCUGUUACAGAUAAAUACAUUGGCAUCCACUACGAUGCCACAACUGUUAUGGACGCAAAACCUUUGUUGAAGGAAGCCCUUCAAGCAGAAGUCGGAUUGCCUGUUGAUAGGAAUAUUCCAUUGAUAGGCUUCAUUGGUAGAUUAGAAGAGCAGAAAGGUUCAGAUAUUCUUGUUGCAGCUAUUUCACAAUUGGUUGAACACAAUGUGCAGAUAGUAAUCCUUGGAACAGGCAAAAAGAACUUUGAAAAGCAGAUUGAACAGCUGGAGCUAUUGUACCCUGAAAAGGCUAGAGGAGUGGCAAAAUUCAAUGUCCCCUUGGCGCACAUGAUCAUAGCUGGUGCUGACUUUAUGUUGAUCCCAAGUAGAUUUGAGCCCUGUGGUCUCAUUCAGUUGCAUGCUAUGCGAUAUGGAACAGUUCCCAUUGUUGCUUCCACUGGUGGUCUUGUUGAUACUGUCAAAGAAGGUAACACAGGAUUCCAAAUGGGGGCCUUCCACGUUGAAUGUGACACAGUUGAUUCAGCGGAUGUGGCUGCGGUAGUUAAAACUGUCAUAAGAGCUCUUGCCACUUAUGCCACUGCUGCUUUUAGAGAAAUGAUCCAGAAUUGCAUGGCCCAAGAUCUUUCAUGGAAGGGACCAGCCAGAUUGUGGGAGAAAAUACUCCUGGACCUGGAAGUUGUUGGCAGUGAACCUGGCAUUGAAGGGGAGGAGGUCGCUCCUCUUGCCAAGGAGAACGUUGCCACUCCUUGAGCGGCAAGGAUAACAUUUUUACGAUUUCUAAUAUUGACACCAAUGUAUACAUUAAUGCACAGAUAAACAUCCAUUCCGGUUGCAGUUUUGCUAGUGCUGGGAUCAGGCCACUUUAUGUUUUUCUUUUUCUAUGGCCAUUCUCUUUUGAGGGAGAAUGGUGCCUGAAUCAGCGGUAAGAUUCAUAACUAACGUGUUCACAGCCUUAGCCAGGCGUUAUGUGGGUAAAAAAAGGUUCAUCUUCUUGUAAAGGUGUUUCAGUUCUCCUA